AUGCUGAUGUGUUAUAGCUUGUGCUUCUUGUGGAUUUUACUGCUGAAAACUGGAGGAUGUAACAGCAGCACAACAAACAAUGGAGGAGGCGCUGAUAUCAUGCUAGACAUCGCUAAGAUGUCCCCACUUGGGGACCCCGAGGAAAUCUUAGCAGCUCUCCGUCAGGUCGCCAAAGCAGUUCACAGAUGUGGAAUUAAAGAAUAUCCUAAUUUGAAACGGGUCUUUUUAACCAACAAAACUGUUACCUGCAACGACGGCACCUCAGCCGGAUACUAUAUUCGUAAAGCUUUUGGGAGUUCAAAAUGGAUUAUCUUUUUGGAAGGAGGCUGGUUCUGUUUUGACCAAACGAGCUGUCGAGAACGAUGGUUGAACAUGAAGUCCUAUAUGACGUCACGAAUGUGGCCCGAAGUUAAGAAAGGAAAGGGGAUACUAUCAUGGGAUCCAGAAGAAAAUCCGUAUUACUUUUACUCAAACAUGGUCUAUAUCCCGUAUUGUUCCAGUGACUCCUGGACUGGAUCAAUAAAGAACCCCAAAGAUUCGUUUUCCUUUAUGGGAUCUCUUAUCAUUGAGGAGGUCAUCAAGGAUUUAAUUCCUCAGGGUCUAGUCAUAGCAUCCAAGUUAAUAUUAGCCGGAAGUAGCGCAGGCGGCACGGGCGUGCUGAUGAAUCUGGACCGUGUGUCCGACCUUAUGGCAAGGUUAGCCCCCUCCGUCAAGGUUCGGGGGCUAGCAGAUUCGGGGUGGUUCCUGGACAAUGAGCAGUACGAACCCGUACCCUGUGUGAAGGCACAUUCCUGUGCUCCUACUGAGGGAAUCAGGCGGGGUAUCGACCUGUGGCAGGGACAAGUGCCUGAAGAUUGCAGACGCCAGUAUAGGGACGAGCCCUGGCGAUGUUACUUCGGGUAUCGAAUGUACCCGACGUUGAGAACUCCAGUUUACAUUGUCCAAUACCUAUUCGAUGAAGCCCAGAUUACUGCCAACAAUGUUGGACCUCCUGUGAAGAAAGAACAGUGGCGCUUCAUCCAUGAAGUAGGCAAUGAAAUGAAGAAAACUUUGCAAAAUGUCUCAGCAGUGUUUGCACCAGCCUGUCUCUCCCAUAUACUGUUAACGAAAAGUGAGUGGCAGAAGACUGCCGUGAAUGGCGUCACUUUGGCGCAGUCAAUCUACUGCUGGGAGCGCGGCUCGGACGAGGAACUCCAGUGUCCGCUCGUCCGUCAACGUCUAAAGAAAAUUUCUAAAGCUGUAAGGAAAUCAUCCGGGAAUGUGGCAGGAAAAGUGGAAAUGCCCCUGGGAGAUGAUCCAGUGGGAACAAAGGCAGCUAAACGUCUGAAGAAUAAAAAACGAAGACGGAGAAAGAAAAACAAAAGAAGACGGAGGCGCAAAAAUAAAGGGAAGAGAGGUAAACGUUCCCUUGGGAAGAACUCGAAACGUUUGUGCAAACAUCAUCUGAUAGACAGCUGCGCAUGGCCGCAGUGUAACUUCUCCUGUCCAAAGCUGAGGAACCCGUUCACCGAUGAAGAGAUGGACUUCAUCGACUUGUUGAUGCAGUUCGGCUUGGACGUCUCCAGCAUUGCCAACGCUUUGGGUAUGGAUAUGGAGACUCUGCAAUCAAUGGACCACGACGUUCUGAUGCAAAUGCUGACUCAGCAAACAUAG